UUACGCAGAGAAAAGCAUGGGAUAGUCAACUCAGCUGUCAGCUCCGAGUGACCAAUUGCAGAUGGCCUGCUAACCAGCCAUCGCACGUGUGCUAUGGGGAACUUUCGUAUCAGCCUUGCCGAACUACUGAUCCAGAUUAUUGCUCAGGCGCAAUCUCUUUUUCUAUGGGUUCUCGGCUUUAGCAAGAUAGAACCAAAGGAGGUGAUUUACAAAGGGACAAAGCCAAGUCCGCCGAAGGCGGUCGCAGUGGUCUGGGCAGAAGCAGUUGUGGAGGACUCAGCCGUAAAGCAGCUUGCUGACAUCCUAAGAUGGUGUAACCAGGAACGUUUGGAGGAAUUCUACAUAUACGACCCGCUAGGCGAGCUCAAAGCCAGAUCGCACAAACUGGAAUGCGAGCUUCAUAACCACGUUGUCAGUGUUCAGGUGGGAUGGCGAGACGAACCCAUCGGCAGCCACCUCAGGUGUGACGCAUGCAGCUCCAAGGUGCCAACCGCACCACCGCCAGCAGCACCAGCCCCCGAGGGCGCUGUCGCCACACCCGCCGCUUCACAGGCGCUAGAGGCGAACCCGGCAAACCCGACAUGCACGACGUGCAAUCCUCGUGCCCUCCUUGGGGCACCACCAACCACCGGCAGCAGCCGUGACAGCGGCCGCACUGCAGGUGCGGCCUGCGUAGCUGCAACAGCUCCAGCAACAGCGGACCGGGCACUAGAGCGGCCGCUUCGGCAGCACCUGCCCAGCGUCACAUGCGACGGGGAUGCUGCAGAGGGUGCAACGGCAGCAGCAGCAGCAAAGGGUGAUGAUGGUUCGGUGCUCUCGGUUGCAACGGCAGCAGCCCACGAGGGCGAUGCUGAAGGAGGCGCUGCUGCCGGUGCUGCUGCUGCUGCGUCGGCGGCGGCAGCUUGCUGUCAAGGCGACAGUAGUAGCUACGAGGUGUCGUCGUGUACGUUAGACGCAGGCAGAGACUGCGCUUGUGCACUGGAGCAUGCUGGAGCCGCCUGCAGAGCGGCGAGCGGCAGCGACGGUAUCAACACUACGUGCGCUCUCAGCAACAGCAGCGGCAGCGACAGUUCUGGAAAGCUGUUGCCGUCAUCAUCGCCAUCAACCCCAACUUGCGGAGGGUCUGGGUCCGAAUCCAGGCGUCUCAACGGAGCUUGCGUUCUGGAGCGGGAAAAGGGAUUGGAAGAGGGUCAUGAUUGUGGUUUGUAUGGUUGCUUUUAUCAUCCCCAGCAGCAGCAGCAGGGGCAUGGGGAGCAGAAGCAAGAGGGGCAGGUACAGUGCUCCCGCGGCCUGGAGGAUUGGAUGGGAGCUCGACAGUCAGGACAGCACAAACGACAUCAGUCAGGACGGCAACAGCAGCCGGCACACCGGGGCAACAACAUCAUCACCAGCGGUGGCAGUGGCGGCGGCAGCAGCGGCAAGACCGGGAACCCUCCCCCACCGCAAGAGCAGCUGCAGCAGCAGCAGCAGCGGCUAAUCCGGGUGCAUGUGCUGGCAGCGGAAGACGCUUAUGAACCGGUGCUGCAGGCGAUUCGCAGCGGCGGGGUGUGCGGGGGGUGCAGUGGGCUCCUGCCUUUGCAGAGGGGGCCCUACCGCGAAGGGUUGGCUCGGCUGCGGGGCCAGGUGGCGCAGCUGGCGGGGCCGGCGGUACUGGAGCAGCCGGAGCUCGUGCUGGUGGUGGGCCCGGCGCUGACGCUGGCCGGCUACCCGCCCCUCCAGGUGGCGGCCUCGGAGAUCCUGCACCUGGGCCCUGCUGCGGACCUGUGUGAGGCGCGUGUGGAGGCGGCCAUGGCCAAGUUCCUGUGCACGGAGCAGCGCUUUGGGAGGUGAUGGCGUGAUGGCUGGUGUGCUGCGUGUUAUGGGGCCACAGCGCGUGCGCGUGUGCAUGAGGUUUUCGUAUGUAAGUGUAGGUUAUUAGGCCGAGAGGUUCUUUGUCAGGAGGGUGCAUGUAUAGGGCUAACCAGUAACAUGUUCAGCUGGCGACGCCAUGGUGCUUCUUUCCAGUAGGAAUAGGGAUUGGAGGUAGGGAAAAGUGAGGAAUAACACAUUUCAAAGUAGCGCUUCGCCUAAUCUGCUAGAAGUAGUGUUAGGAGGGAUAGUAGCUUGUGCUGGUAGGUUUGUUAGUUAUGGACGCGGCUGUUUGUUGGCCUGCUAGGCGCUUGGUGGAGUGUGAUUAGCUGCAGCCGAGCUGCAUGAGGUUUGCUUGCGGGUUGGAAGCACUGGUCUUUUGUGGCACAGUCUUGCAUCCAUCGUGCAAAAUAACACCCCGACUAGGAGGAGAGGUUUGUGAGGACCAGCCGCUUCGCUGCCACAGAACCCGCAGUGCGGGCGUCGUUUAGGAUCAGGAGAAUGCGGCUGUACCUGCGAC